AUGACCUCGCCGGAUGAGGCUCCACCACCUGCACCUGCGUCAGUUGCAGCUGAAAAUUCUCCACAGGCGCCGAGCAAUGGCGACGAGUUUAUUGUCACUGCCAACCUCGUGGGUGCCGCUCUACGCUGCGUUGUGAACCCCCAGUGGCCAUGCGAGGCACUUCUAGGUGCGGCUGCUGAAGCCUACCACGUCGCCUUCCCAAACAGUGAAGUUCCCGAGUGCAACGUGGUGUUUCACCGCAAAAAGCAGGAGUUUUUGGUGGCUGGAACACCGAUCGUCGAGUGUUGUGCAAGUGGGGACGAAUUGGAGCUGGGCGUGACCGUCCCAGCCCACACUGGUGCUCACGUUGAAGCUACACCAUCCGUUGCUGCUAGUAGUAUCAGUGGCAUUGAUAGUGAUGGAGAGACGAGUGAGUUCUGCGUACUAUUCCACAAGCUCCCAUUGGGGUUCACGAUGAAACGUGGAAACGACAGCAGCACGGAGGUGGGCACCAUUUAUCCCAAGAGUGCAGCGACACAUUUUCCUCGGUUGGCACCUGGUGUGACUAUCGUGAGCAUUGCGGGGACGCCACUUGAAGACAUGGGCCUUCGGCAGGUGCACGAUGUGAUCAAGAACGCGGAACUUCCAUUGAAGAUUCACUUCCGAGGGCCUGAGCUUAUGGUGCCGCCAUCGCUCUCACUAGAUCCAGCUUUGCAACAGCAAGAAUCGCCUUCUCGGCUGUCAGCGUCAUCUGUAAUACCCCCUCCUCAUACGCAGCAACAGGGAAGACGUCGCCGAGGAUCUUUUGAUCGCCGCAGCGUGCGAAGCAACGGUAGUAAUGGAAGUGGUCGUAGUCGUAACAGUCGUAGCAGCGGACGUGGGAGGAAGAAGAACGGCGAGUCUAACCAACAGAAGGGCGCUGACAACCAGCAGAAGGGAGAUGGCUCUAGAACACGUAUACAGGCAGCAGCUCAUGCCGAUACAAGUGACUCAAACCAGCGCGGUGGACCAGAGGACCAUAAUGCGGAUCGCAAUACCGAAGCUGAACUUGUUGAACAAAUCGAACAGCUCAAGGUGGCACUACUACGCAAACACGAAGAAGCCAAGCAAAUUGCACGUCAGCUUGAGACGUGCUCCGAGAAGCUACUUGCUCUGCGUGGCGAUUCUACUGGCAUGGCGUCAUCUCACCAGCAGCAACAAAGACAGCAGAAUGGUACUCCUCGUUUACGUCGUAGUGGAGCACCUUCGUCGAGUAAUGGUGGCUCUAAGGUUCGACUGACGCCUGAGGUUUUAGAGGCCAUGGAUCAGAAAGCUGGUCUUCUUCGACGUGGCACGGGCGCCUAUGCCUCAUCAAACGUGUCGUCCGUCUCUGGAUAUUCUGCCCAAUCCAUGCCCGUAGCUCGCUCUGGGAAUUUGCAGGCUCGCAGUGCUCGUGCAGCUGCUCUGGCCAAUGCCGACAACGUGUCGGUGUCUUCCUACGCAUCGAACUCGUCCAACACAUCCGCACGUCGCGGUGGUAAUCGCUCUCCGCGUGGUACGGCGUUGCGUACCUUGAACAAACGAUACAGCUACAUGCCGCAGAAGUACGCAGCAAACACAACGGGAGCUACGGAGUCUGGAUCUACUUCAUUGUCAUCACGUGGAGCUGUGAUGUCCCGUGCGCGGAUCUCGCGUGACUCGUUCAUUACUAAGAGCGAGAGUCCAGGUGUCGGUUACUACGACGUGCAGGUCAAGGAUCGUGUUAAAGGAGGCGAAAUCGGCGACUCGGACCGCUCGUUACCGUGGUCUCGAACCUAA